CACUCGCCCUCCAUGUCUCCCAUCAACAUCCUCCUCACUUGCACCACCCUCGCACUCCUCUCCCACGCACAGACCUUUCUCAACUACUCCGCCAUCAGCAACACUUCCACCUCGGCCUGUCCCGGCCCGGGAGGAGCACACAUCAUCGUCGCUCGCGCCUCCACCGAACCACUCGGGUACGGCGUCAUUGGUUUCGUCAAAGAUCGCGUCCUCGCUCUCAACCCGGCCUCCAAUGCCGAUUAUGUCGUCUACCCCGCCACUCUGACCGACUAUGUCAAUUCCGAAGCUGCAGGAGUCCUCGGUAUGAGAGCUCUCGUGGAAACCUUUUUGGCUCAAACAGAUUGUCAUAAUGCACCCAUUGUUUUGAUGGGAUAUUCGCAGGGCGCACAAGUCGUCAAUGAUUAUCUCUCGGGUCAAAAUCUCAAUGUCAUUCCCCAUAACUCCACCUUGGAAUCUCCUGCUCCCGCUUCCACCUUCGACCGCUUGGCUGCUGCUGUCACCAUGGGUGAUCCCUCCAUCAAUAUUACCAAUAAUCCGUUUCAUAUCGGCAAUUCCACGCAAUCGGGCUUAUUCCCUCGCCAGGACAAUUCCAGCGCCGUGCUCAACCAGUGGGAGGCGAAAUUGCAGAGUUAUUGCGAUCCCUUGGAUCCCUACUGUGCGAGUGCCGGCAAUUUUGACAACAUCUCGGUGCAUUUGGGCUAUGUCCAGGAAUAUGGGGAAGAUGCGGCCCAGUUUGUGGUGCAGAAGAUUCAAGAGUACUAUGGUGCAAAUGGCUCGAAUUCUACUGCUGGCUCGACCAAUUCUACUUCCGGGUCGACCACUCCGUAUACUGGUACAGCGGCGAGUACUCAUGUCGGGGGUACGAUUGCCAUGCUUCUCUUCGCUGUGGGAGCGGUGUCUCUGUUGGGCUUGUAACAAGAGAGUGGACUCGGAGUGGACUCGUGCACUGGUUCUGUCAUCAUCUCCUCUGAUUACUCAUAAACUAAACCUCUCGGUGCACCACAAACUUCCCUCUGCCUGCAAUAUGGAUGCGCGACAGAUAUCCCGGAUUGAUGAUGGGAUUAUGCAACUGCGCAAUGGUGCUCAUGCACGCCGCCGCCGGAUCUCCCGAGGCACUCAAACUGCCUUGCCAGUACUCAUUCCCCGGAAAGGCAUUGGCGUCCCACGCAUAACUCACCACCAAGAGUUUGCCCUCGUCACUUCCCGUCAGCUUGUCCGCGGGAUCACGGCCGUUGGUGAAUCGGAUACGGAUGCCUUUGCGGGAAGCCGCUUUCUCCACGUGCGCUCUCACGGUGGGUGCAAUAGCCGGCAUAUACGCGAAUUCGAUGGUGCUGAUUCUGUGUUGCGAGGGAAGCGUGUCAAUGGCAGCUGCAAAUGCUUGGAUGAAAAUGUCCUUUUGCGCUGCACUGUGCAUCCACACUCCCAAGCCGAGACCCACCACAUACACAUAUGCCGUCUGACCCGCCUCUCCGACGGGAUCCGCCUGCUGGACGCGAUCGUGGGCUUCAAGCAACAACAUCUCAGCCGGAAUCCUCAUCCGAGCCUCGAACAUGCGUCGAUCCAGUGUAUUUCCCGCAGCGAGCGACUCGUCCAUGGGUUCGACCCCAAAGAAAUCACAAAAGAUUUCCUGUAAAUGCGGAUGCAUCUGAUACGGAGAAGACUUCUUCUUCUUCUCCCCGGUUAACAUAAAAAUCGAAUCCAUCCUCUCUUUCCUCUCAAACCUCGCCCCUACCAAUCCCAUAAUAAUCCCUCUCCUCUCCCACUCUGCACCCGUCUCCAAUUUCCCCCCAUUCAACCUCCCACCACGAUUAAUAAAAUACGACGGUCCCGACACACCCAUCAACGACCCCAACAUCAUCUCAUCAUAACUCAAAUAUUCCCUCAAAUCCCUCAAAAACCGAUUCUUCUUCAUCCCCUCAUCCUUCCCAUUCCGAUCCCAUUCCUCCCUCGCCCCAUCAGAAAUCUUCCUCCCAUCCCUCAACACCGUAAAAUCCUUCUCUCCCAUAAACACCACAGCCCUUUUCUCCAAUAACC